AUGAAUUACAUCUUCGACGAAAGCCAAGCGUUGUACCCUUCGAUCUACCUCAACAAUGACACAACUCCACUUCGCAACUUCCUUUAUGUGCAGGCUAUCGUGUCUGAAGCGCAACGGAUAGCUCAGAACUACUCAAGACCACUGCCCAUCUAUGUGUUUACAAAAGUCGAAUACAACCCUCUCAAAGAGCUUUGUUUCUUCUACACGGCGGUAGGGACAUUACGCUCUGUCGUCUUCGUACUCUACUGGGACUGCCUCAGAAGUAAACUUUAG